CUGCAGGAAUUUAGCCCCGAAGAAUUCUACCAGUUGUUAGAAUCAGCUGAAUAUGUUGCAAAGGAAAGUAGGGGUUGCAUUGGAACUGAGAUACCACAGUAUAUAGUACAACAGUUGGGACUUACUUCGAGUAUAUUAAAAGUUCGUUCGUCAUCGAGCGAUUCGGAAGAAAAUGAGGAAAAUUCGUGUCCACAACCACAACAAGUCACUGAAGAUGAUUUUAUUGUCAAGAAACUCAUCAGUAAUGGAGCAUAUGGCUCUGUAUUCCUGGUGCGACACAAAGAAACUUCACAGCGAUUCGCGCUCAAAAAGAUAAAUAAGCAUAACCUGGCCCUGCGCAAUGAAGUGCAGCAGGUUUUCGCAGAGCGUGACAUCCUCACAUUUGUCGAGAACCCCUUCGUGGUAACGAUGUACUGCUCGUUCCAAACCAAACACCAUCUGUGCAUGGUCAUGGAAUACGUGGAGGGAGGGGACGUGGCUUCCCUUAUCAAGAACAUAUCAGUACUCCCAGAUGAAGUGGCGCAAAUGUAUUUUGCUGAGACUGUCCUUGCAUUGGAGUACUUACAUAACUAUGGAGUUGUUCAUAGGGAUUUAAAACCAGACAACUUAUUGAUAACAUCGAUGGGCCAUAUCAAGCUGACGGAUUUUGGGUUAUCUAAAGUUGGAUUGAUGUCACGGACAACCAACCUAUACGAAUCACAUCUGGAUACUCAACAACAGUUCAACGACAGACAGGUACAUGGCACACCAGAGUAUAUCGCUCCUGAAGUGAUUCUACACCUUGGGUACGGCACCCCUGUAGACUGGUGGUCAGCUGGCAUAUGUUUGUAUGAAUUUCUUGUUGGUUGCGUCCCGUUUUUCGGCCAAACUCCCGAUGAGUUGUUUAUGCAAGCUAUCAAUGAUGACAUCGUGUGGCCGGAGGGUGAGGACGCUUUAUCCGAAGAUGCGAUAAGUCUCAUCUCGUGUUUACUUGACCGUGACCCGCUUAAUAGACUUGGUAGCAGAGGGGCAUUUGAGGUGAAAAGUCACCCCUACUUUGACAGCAUGGAUUGGAACAACCUUCUUCGGCAAAAAGCUCAGUUUGUUCCUCAGAUUGAUGAUGAAGAAGACACAAGUUACUUUGAUACCCGUAGAGACCGGUACACUCACGACAGUGACAUUCCUGACACAUCAGAAUGUGAUGACGCCACAAAUGACCAAUUCGAUGUUGCAAACUUUUCCUCGAGCACUAAGAGGUUUUCUGAGAAACUGCAAACCAAUAGAAAAGGGUCAAUAGACAGUAACCCCAAAGCUAAAAUUCGCCUCCAGAAUCGCAUAGACGGAAGCCAGAGUGCGACCCAGGAGUCAACUGAUGAUGAUGUUUCGGUAAUAAGAAACCCGUUAGCCAACGUGAAGGUUGAAGCAGAAGAAACUGAUCUUGGGAAGAAGUCCGAUGAUGAAGUUUCAGAAGAAACAAACUCAGUUGUGCCAGCGGAAAUCAUGGGCAGCACUGGAAGCUGCGUUUCUUUAGAAAACUCGGUCAACACUGAGAGUCACACUGGCUCGCAUCGGCGACAGAGCUCUGACAGUUCUCUUGCUAGUGGGAGCAGCCAUACAAGUCCCCUGCUCAGAGCCGCGCAGUCGUCUGAUAAGCAGUGGCUAACCUCCACCCCAAACGCUGCACUACCGGUCCAACUUCAUCGCAAAGUUGGCCAGAGUCUCUCAGACUCCACAGCGCCCCCUACCAUCACAAAAUCGCCGUUAAAUUCAACUCUCGACCGCUCGAGCUCAAAAUCCCCGGAAAUGGGCUGCUUACGUAACAUCAAGAAGUCUCGCAGCAUGUCAGCAGACAGCCCGCUCCUACAAACCAGUGAUAGCAUCAACCCUUCUCCUGAUGCCGGCUCUGCCUUCAAACCAAGUACCACCGUAACCCCUCCCGUGACAUCCCACCAGUUACAUCCACAUCACGCGAUCCGGAACCGAGCCUCUUCCUCCUCAGAAGACAGAGUGCUCCCUCACUCCCCUCUCCUAUCUGUGAUCCCUCAGAAACAAGUAACCCCAGCCACACACCCCCAUUACCCCCACCAUCGCCCCCGAUACCGUCGGAUGUCCUCUUGCUCUUCUGUGGGUUCAUUAAACUACAUGGCAACUGCCAGAUCAGGAACCGCCACCCCUAUACCCAUUGACAAGAUGUUGGACCCGUCUCUAGUAACCCCAGUAACAAAACAGCGAAACCAGUUCAGUCCCACCAGUAGCGUUAGUAGUGAAGCCAAUAGUCCUGACUUGAACAGCCAUCCAAGCCACACACCAAGCAAAACACCUUUUCAGGAGCCGUCAUUAGAAGAAGUGAUGCACCGUAGGUUCCACCACUACCCUGCUAAUUCACCUCGUUCUCGCAACCACAGUGGAGAGAUUAAACGAUCACGUUCGAUCAAGCGUAGCAUUAUUAAAUCAUCAAGUGCGUCUUCUCUGCAGCUGAUGAUACCAAAUAUAGACGACAGUUUACCCCCUUCACCCCUGGCCAGCCCCCGUUCCGUGCACCCACCUCACCCCUCAAUUCUCUCCAACCCCAGCUCCCGAGAUUCCUCUCCCGGCCGAUCCUUCUCCCCCGUCCCAGGGUCACCCCGCCCCCCUAUUGUAAUACCUCGCACCACGCGAGGGUUUGGGUUCAAGAUCCAAGCAAUUCCUGUCUUUCGAAACAACGGGAAUACAUUUGACGUCCAUCACAUUGUAACGCAAGUGGAUGAGAAAGGAUCAGCGUACACUGCUGGGUUAAGAGUAGGUGACCUUAUUACCCAUGUAAAUAAUGAACUUGUGCAGGGUAUGGUUCACACUAGUGUGCUACAACUUAUGUACAGGUCAAAUAAGAUUUCUAUUCAAGCCGUUCCGCUUGAGAGCACAUCAAUUAAAAUCGGGCGUCGUCCGUCCAAAAACCGAUCAAAACCAAUCCGGCGCAGAAAACGCCAGUUUAUUCCGCAUCGAACCGGUUCUAUAACCAGCAAGCGAUACACUGGCACAUCUGCUGGUGGAGGGAGUUCCCCAGCUAUGGUAUCUUCACCCUUGCACUGCUACAAGAACAAGAGACGCGGUUCAAUUAUUCGUAACGGCCGCCAAACAGACACUCGGGUCCACUCACCCCUCUUGACCCCGAACCGUAGUAAAUCAAAAAUGAUGACAUCAGCAUCAAGUGGUGAAAUACAAGAGGCAAGUCACCCCCAAUCUCCCCCGCUGGGUCGUUUGGAACAAGAUCUAAGCAGCGCGUCAUCAAAAAGUACAAGCCCUAACUCAACGUUAUCCGACAGCGCCACGCCCACCCCCUUACUGAUGGCCGACACCAGCACCCCAGGUCCCUCAAAAUCAGCGAGCUUCACCAUGACCCCCAACCCCCGCCCCACCAGCAGACCCAUGUCACUUGAGAAGCUCACCCGUAGCAUCCGGAGUUCUCGGAGGAAAUCCACCGGUCACAUCCCUCUCUCUCCUCUCGCAAGAGUCCCAAACUCCCCGUCUCCGCUCCUCCUAAUUGACCCCUCCUUCACCCAGUCCUCCGAUGCUACUCCCGCAUCCUCAUCCAAGGAUCAGGGUCCGGAGCUCCUCGCAUCCAGGAGCACAGACUCUUCUUCUUCGUCCAAGGUCUUCAGCAUGUUCAAGAGCGGUUCCCGUCAAAAAUUAAAAGCCACAAAACCCCAGCGGUCAAAAUCAUUCAAAGGCGCCCUUAAACAAGACCGUGGAGUUCAACAUAGCGAUCCAAGUUCCACAGAUGUUCCCACGAAUCUCCGAGAUUAGCGCUUCGUUUUUUGUUUCUUUUUCUCCGAUAUAUCAGUUUUUGCACAGUGUUUUGGGCGCCAUCGCCCGCCGUAGUAUUAUGCUUAAUUUAUCGUGUGUCGUACCCGUUUACAAUAGCUUGCACGUAUUUUUACUUACAGCAAGUGUCACCUAACCCCCUUUUUCUCCUUUUCCCGCUAACUGACGUCACCGGUGACGUAAUCAUGCUUGGUGACGUCACACGCCUUGCGACGUCCUCCUUCUUGCUUGCUUAGACAUUAUUCUAAUGUCGCUACAUGCAUUCUGCCACUAUACCCGUCGUCGCCCACACUUGUACAUUUGUACACACACAUGGAGACGACCUUUUUUUCAAACUUUAACUUACCGCACACUAACCUAUAGCGUUAACAACGCGAAAUAAAUUGUGUUUUUUUAUUGGUGA